AUGAAUGUGGCUGAUGGGGCAAGACCUGCGGUGUUGGUGUUGAUGACGGUGCUGACGGUGUCACUAGCCGCCCCCCAAGAAACCACCACUGAGGCGUUUAACGUGAAUCCCUCAGAUAAUUCAUACGCGAGCUGCCUCAGGGACAACAAGAGGGGUAUGUGUCUCAGAGACUAUCAGUGUUAUGCGAACCACACCAUUGCCUACGGCGGGGACAUCAUUGGCAAUGACAUCAGGGAUUCCUCUGAACCGAUCUUGAAUUGUGGUGUAGGCUUUUGGUGCUGCAUUGGUGAUUCCAAUACAAACCCCGUAGUGUCACCUAAGCCCACGCCCACGCCACCGCCCAAGCCGACAUCGACCGUGCCGAAAGACGCAGCAUGUUCGAGGGUGUUCGACGAAGAAUGCACAUGGUGCGUCGCCCUGUACAGGGAAGGUGGCGAUGUGAGUCGCCGCCACCGCACGGAGACGGGCCUCUACUGCGGGGGGGCGCUGUUGGGGGGCCGCGUGGUGCUGACGGCGGCCACUGUGUGCGCGCACCGUGCUCGCGGAGGCGGUGAGGGCGCGCGUGCCCGCCUCCCUCAACCCGGCCAAGGACUACGCGGUCGUCGACAAGAUCCUGCACCCCAAAUACUCCACCGGUACACAUGCAAA